GGCAGUGCUAAAUCCCUCUUUUCCCUUAAUUACCCCUCUUAUGUUUCAGCUAUUUCUAGAACAUAUUUCUUGGGUCCUCCUUUCCUUCCCCUUUCACUUGAAUUUCGCCUCCUCUUUUGGUCCAUCUUACUACCAAAAACACACCUCUGCCAAAUACAAUGGAUUUCGUUAGCAAACUCGCCGAAAAGUUUCUCGACAAGGACAAGUCCAGCGGCAGCCAAGAAGGCUAUGGCAGCCAGGGCGGAUAUGGUGGACAACCGAGUGGCUACGGAGGUCAAGGAGGAUACGCUGGACAGCCUGAAGGCUACAGCGGUAGAUAUCCCCACCAACAGCAACAUUCAGGACCUCAGGUACCUCCCCCAUGGGUGGCCCGAUGGGAUGAUCAGUCACAACGCUGGUUCUACGUGAAUGAGCAGACCGGUGAGAGGACCUGGAACCACCCGGGCCAGGGCGGUGGCUACGGCCAGCAGCAGCAGCAGCCAUCGUACGGUGGAGGUGCGCCUUACGGUGGUGGGCAAUCCUACGGCCAGCAGCCGUCCUACGGUUAUAGCGAGUCACGCCAAGGAGAAUACUAUCAGCAGCAGGGGCCUAAGAAGGAUCAUACUGGGGCGAAGAUUGCAGGUGCUGCAGCUUUGGGUGUUGCUGGCGGAGCGUUGGGAAUGUAUGCCGCGGGAGAGAUGCACGAUAGUUAUGAAGAGCACAAGGAGGAGUGGAAACAGGAUGUUCAGGAUUUCCCUGAGAAUGCCGCUGAAUGGACCGGUGAGAAGGUCGGUGAAGCCGAAGUAGGUUGGGAUCGCGCCGAGGAUCGAGUCGAGCAAGGCUGGGACAAUACCGUCGAUAAGGUUGAAGACAUCCCCGAGAACGUUGCCGAAUGGACUGGCGAGAAGGUUGGAUCUGUGGAACGCUUCGGCGACAACAUGCACGAUGCAUAUGAACGGGGAGAGGAUGAGGGUCGGGGUGACGAUUGGUAGUUCCUGGAAACUCAAAUGGGUAUCCCCGUCGGUUAUGCAUUUCCUGUUUUUGAAGAGAUCUUUAGUUCACACAGAAUUGAUAUCGGAUUCUAGAUUCAAUGAUAUUGAGCAAAGCGGACUAUUCCUGUUCGGGGACGGAGAUCACCUGGGCAUUUACAUGGCAUACUCUAAAUCUACGGCGUAGUUGCUUGCCAUGGUAGGUUAUUGUUACUUCCUUGCUACUUAGUAGUAGGCA